AACACGCGACUGAAGAGGAUUUUAGUUUUACCAGGUUUCUCUUUAUUAUCUAAUAUAUUCUCACUCUCAGGUUCUGCUCAGAGAAAGGUUUGGACAGGGAACUGGUAGAAAAGGACCUGGCGAGAGUCAGGGCAGAGCUAAGCUCGAAAUGCCUUGCUCAGAAAACUCAGCCAGGAGAAAUUUCGACGAGUUUCAUGGCGUAAACCAAAACAGAGGGUCGGGCUCGCGGCCACAGCCAGCCUCCCUGGCUCGCUGUGACCCCGAGUGCACUAUACUCUGAGAGUGGCACCUGAAGCCGAAGUGAAGGCGGAUCAAUCUCGGUCAUUGUGAAAAAAUGGCUAACACCAAUGAAGACACAAAUUCUUUGACCACCCAACGUUAAGGAAAGUAAAUCCCUGGAUAGGGUUCUAAAGCGAUGCAAGUCACCAGAUGAGACGUGGAUUCCUUAUGGUAUUCAGCGAAUUUUCUACAAAACUGGUAAGUUAGUAAACUAAUGUAUUGUGUUUUAACCUCUCGAGUAGAUUUCUGUACAUUGCGGCUAGUGACUGGGUAUGAGACGCCGAUGGGUAUGUUGUGCCUUUUGCGAAACUGAAUUCAUAGGAGCCUGGGACUGGGAUUUGCAUCCCUUGUUCAUACAUAUUAGACGGUGUCUGGGCAAGACGAACGGGGCGCACGUAGACCGAUCCACACCGAUAUAUCCCAACUAUAGCACCGAAGACGCCCGUUUGUCGACCUUUUUUGACAUAUGGCCGAAGGCAAUAAAACCAUCCUAUCAACCAAAAACCCUACUUGCAAGACGGGAUGUACCGUGGGAGCAACACGCCCUGUGGUUUUCUAAUUGUUAUUACUUACUAUUGGUUAAGGGACUCCAGUAUAUACAGCGCAUCAUAAACGAGGCCUGCAUGAAAGACGAGACAUCUGCGGCAGCCGUGCAGCAGCGCCAACAGUCACCUCCUUCUCUGUCGUCUGCACUCGCGGCAUACAACGAGAGCCAUCAUGGAUUUUGUAAAGUUUGUAUGGAGGACGAGCUCAACGUGUGCCUGGUGCCGUGUGGCCACAUUGUUACUUGCGCCAAAUGUUCUAUGGUAAUUUCUAAGUGCGUCGUGUGCCGGUCCAAAAUCGAUAAGCGCGUUCGCAUUUAUUAUUAAUGAAUACUAAGGAUUAUUAUUAAUGAGAACUAGGCUAAGAGACCAUUUAAUUAGUAAAUGUUACUAC